GCGCGCGAGGCCGCCUUGCCCUUCUCCCAAUGGCGGGCGGCGGGCCCUUUCCCGGCAGCCUCCCCAGGGCAGGGAGCGCGUCAUUUCCGGUGGGGAAGACCCGCGGCCUCCGCCGCCAUUUCGGGCGCUGCUGUGAGGUUGAAACCGGAGCCGGUCUGCUGGGCGGCGGGCGCCGUGGGCAGGAGGGGCGCGCGCGGCGCGGCAGCCCAGCGUGUAGGCGCGGAGGCAGCCAUGGCGGGCAACUUCGACUCGGAGGAGCGGAGUAGCUGGUACUGGGGGCGUCUGAGUCGGCAGGAGGCGGUGGCGCUGCUGCAGGGCCAGCGGCACGGGGUCUUCCUGGUGCGGGACUCGAGCACCAGCCCCGGGGACUAUGUACUCAGCGUGUCCGAGAACUCGCGCGUCUCCCACUACAUCAUCAACAGCAGCGGCCCGCGCCCGCCGGUGCCGCCGUCGCCCGCGCAGCCGCCGUCCGGGGUGAGCCCCUCCAGACUCCGAAUAGGAGAUCAAGAGUUCGAUUCAUUGCCUGCUUUACUGGAAUUCUACAAAAUACACUAUUUGGACACUACAACGUUGAUAGAACCGGUUUCCAGAUCCAGGCAGGGUAGUGGAGUGAUUCUCAGGCAGGAGGAGGCGGAGUAUGUGCGAGCCCUCUUUGACUUUAAUGGGAAUGAUGAAGAAGAUCUUCCCUUUAAGAAAGGAGACAUCCUGAGAAUCCGGGAUAAGCCUGAAGAGCAGUGGUGGAAUGCGGAGGACAGCGAAGGCAAGAGGGGGAUGAUCCCGGUCCCUUACGUCGAGAAGUAUAGACCUGCCUCCGCCUCAGUGUCGGCUCUGAUUGGAGGUAACCAGGAGGGUUCCCACCCGCAGCCACUGGGUGGGCCGGAGCCGGGGCCCUAUGCGCAACCCAGCGUCAACACUCCGCUUCCUAACCUCCAGAAUGGGCCCAUAUAUGCCAGGGUUAUCCAGAAGCGAGUCCCCAAUGCCUACGACAAGACAGCCUUGGCUUUGGAGAGACGGGUUUCACCAUGUUGCUUGGGCUGGUCUCAAACUUCUGAGCUGAGGGAAUCCAUCCACCUGUGUCAAGGUCGGUGAGCUGGUAAAGGUUACGAAGAUUAAUGUGAGUGGUCAGUGGGAAGGGGAGUGCAAUGGCAAACGAGGUCACUUCCCUUUCACACAUGUUCGUCUGCUGGAUCAACAGAAUCCCGAUGAGGACUUCAGCUGAGUAGAGCUCAACAGUUUUGCUGACACAUGGGAACAAUCUUUUUUUUUCUAACUGCCAUCUAUACAAUUUUCUUACAGAUGUCAAAAGCAGUCUUGUUUAUAUAAGCAUUCUGUUACCUGUGAUCUUUUUUAGACUGAACAACUCCAUUCCUAGUCUUACUUAGCACAUUCAGGGUACGAACUGGAGGGCUGUGUGUUAGCUUCUGAAUUGGCGAUUUGAGGAGGUAGUGGCGGUGCCUGUGUGUAUCAGGAGGGAGAGGUGUCUUGCCUCCUUUCAGGCAGUGCAGAUCACCUGUGGAAAACCGACGGACAGGAAAGAGUUACACACUGCUUACCCUGAUUUAUUCAGUGGUUCUGUUUUCAUUCUGGAACCAUACUGUCGAAUGGCAACAGACUGUUCCCUUCUACUCCCACGAAGUAAUCAUGCACCGUGUGAAUAGUAUGGAGCAGGACUGCUUUCAUUUAUGGAACGUGACCAUUGUAUGACUCAUUGUGACACUGCAGACCCUAAGAAUUCUAAGAACACUACUAGAAGCAUUUGUCUUCCUUCUUAGUCAGUGCUUCAUACUAUUUCUUGAGAUUCUUUUAGCCCUUGUCAUUCUUUUCCCCCAAACCUGUAAGUAGGUUAAUUCCUAAGGUGAGUUUGUAUUUUCAUUCCAGGUGACAAGCAGGAUGUACCGAGUACUUUAUUCAGUGCAUAGCUUUAAGGCAGUGUUGGAUUCACUAAGUGGACAGCCAGUCUCCCAGCUCUCUGCCUUUCCCAAAAGGGUCGUGGUAGGUCACCCUUCUACAGCAGCUCAACAGAGUCUUAACUAAUGGGAUCCAACAGGGCCGUUUCUGCCGAGUACCAGUAUCCUAUCAGGAGACUCUUGGAAUUCUUAGGUUCUGCUUGGAGUGGAAGGACCAAUCACCUCUAAUAGUCCGUGGAAGGUUUUGAGGCCAAAUUCUGCCCUCUGUAUUCUGUGCAACUUGUAUGAAAGUCAAGUUAGUAUUAAAUGAGUUUGGGGUAGGGUUAGUGCUUUGAAAAGUGUUAGAAGCAAUCGUGAGUUACUUACGUAUCCCUCACGUCUUAUGGGCAGAGUGAUGCUAUUGAAGUACAUUACAUUAUAAACUGCCUUCAUUUCUGGUUCUUUCUGUUCAUGUUCAGGUUUUGUUUACAAACCCAUUUAAGUAUGGAAUGAUUUAUAUGGGGUCAGGUGCUCCAAAAAAUAGACAGAUGAGACCAAAAAUGAUCUAGGCAAUUUAGACCACGGCAUGAAACUUCCAAGUGAGUUCUCAGUCCGUAAAGGCACUUACUGGUCUAUGGUAUGGUAUGACAAUAGAAACACCUUUGGACCUCAUUUUGGAAGGAGAAUCUACCUUUCUAAUUGUUCUGCAUAGGUGAAUAUGAUAAAUUAGCAUUCUUUGAACAUUCAACAAAUCAUGGUAUCCCAGGGACUGGCGCAUUGCCUGACACACAGUCAGCAUGCACGUGCCUGAAUGAAUGAGGAGACUGAGAAGCUGGUUUCGUGGCACAGGAUCCCCACAUGGCCACAAGCAGACUGAUGCGUUGACACUAAUUUAAUAUAUUUUUACCUCACACUAAGGUAAUGCUUGAUAAAGACAUUAGCACAGUGCUCUGCACACAGUGGGUGCUCAGUAAUGUUGAGUGAACAAAUCCCUGAUACUAGAUGUCAUCCAUCUGACUGCUUUGUUAACUUUCCAGUUAGAGCAUAGAUACUGUAAAAUCGAGAUACACCUAAAUCUUGUUUUCCUGAAAGUAUGCCAUCUAAAAUAUUUGUAGAAAAGCCUCGUCACAACUGAUUUGAAUGUUUGUAUUUUCUUUUCCUUCCACUUUGGUCUUGGCUUGUCGUGUCUCUUUUCAUCAUACAUAAUCUCAGCGGAGCAUGCAGCGCCACUCACGUCCUGAGGCCCCUCAGUGGGCGUGGUCCAGAGCCCCUGAUGAACUGCUGGGUUCGAUUGGGCUGCAUGUGGCAGUUCCUGCACCUCAAGAAAUCAAAGGAUGUCUUACAUAUGUCUUCCAAAAAAAGAGCAAAUGCUGAAAUCCUACUGGCAAAGUAAACCGAAAUUGGCUGCUAUAUUUUAUAUAAUCAUUUCUGCAAAUCCCGUUUUUUGAAUACUAAUAUUUGACAUGGUUAAUUCUUAUUAAUUUGUUGGAAUUGUUUAUUGUUAAUAAUGCAAAUAGAUAAUUUUUAAUUAUCCACAAGUAACAUUUCACUAUUAACGGUUUGAAAUAGGUGAUAAGCAAACCAAUUUGAAAUAAAGUAUAAACAUGUGCCAUUGUAUUAUAACACUAUACACUUUCUUGACAGUUAAAUUUUAAAAAAAAAUUUUUUUUUGUAGCAUGUAUUGUAUAUGUUUAUAGUAUAUGUAGUAAAUAAAAAUAUGGCCAAA